AAAACAGCUGUUUAUAAAAUAGUGGUAAACACAUCUGACGAUUUUCUUGAGUUGUUCAUGAUCUGGGCGUGCGAUAGCUACAGGUUUUAGCCUUAAGUUGGUUUCAUAUGUAAGGUAAAUUACGUUACGCAUAAAUUGCUGCUAGAUGUAACCUGAGUUUCGGCGUCCGCCGACGUUUUGAGUUUCGCACGAGAUUGAAAACAUGUGUUUGGAUUUGGACUGCUGCGGUGCCUGAGAAAAAAUGGCGGACAAAUCGCAACCUCAAGGCCCUCAAGGGCAGCCGCUCGUCAAAAUAGGACACUAUAUCCUGGGAGAAACGCUCGGUGUCGGCACGUUCGGCAAGGUGAAAACGGCAUGUCACCAGUUGACCGGUCACAAGGUGGCUGUGAAAAUUCUGAACCGGCAGAAGAUAAAGAAUCUCGAUGUCGUCGGAAAAAUAAGACGUGAAAUACAAAACCUCAAGCUCUUUAGGCACCCACACAUCAUCAAGUUGUAUCAGGUUAUCAGCACCCCUACUGACAUCUUCAUGAUCAUGGAGUAUGUGUCUGGAGGAGAACUUUUCGAUUACAUUGUUAAACAUGGAAAGCUCAAAGAGUCAGAAGCACGUCGCUUCUUUCAACAAAUAAUCUCGGGUGUGGCAUAUUGUCAUCGUCACAUGGUAGUGCAUAGAGACUUGAAGCCUGAAAACCUUCUCCUCGACCAAAAUCUGAAUGUCAAGAUUGCAGAUUUUGGGCUCUCCAACAUGAUGAUGGAUGGUGAAUUUCUCAGAACGAGCUGUGGAUCCCCCAAUUAUGCAGCACCCGAAGUUAUUUCCGGAAAGCUUUAUGCUGGCCCUGAAGUUGACAUCUGGAGUUGUGGUGUCAUACUGUAUGCUCUUCUGUGUGGAACGCUUCCAUUUGAUGAUGAGCACGUCCCAACCUUGUUCCGUAAGAUCAAAUCUGGCAUCUUCCCUAUCCCGGACUAUCUCAACAAGUCGGUUGUCAGCCUGCUUAUCCAUUGCCUGCAAGUAGACCCUAUGAAGCGAGCCACCAUGGAGGACAUCAAGAAUCAUGAGUGGUUCAAGAAGGAGUUGCCUGCGUACCUGUUCCCGCUGCCCAAUGACAAUGAUGCGUCGAUAAUUGACAUGGAUGCCGUAAAAGUUGUUUGUGAGAAGUUCGGCGUGCAAGAGAAGGAACUGCACAGUGCGCUGCUGAGCGGUAACCCGCACGACCAGUUGGCCAUUGCCUACAACCUGGUGGUGGACAACAAGCGCAUCGAGGACGAGACAGCUAAGCUGGAGAUCAAGGACUUCUACCUGGCUUCCAGCCCACCACCCACGGCAGCCCUGCUUGACCAAAGCCCACAGAGGCCACAUCCAGAGCGCUUGGGGAGUCGGCAAAGGAUGCUCAGCGGAGGCAACGGAGCGGAUCGCAAGGGCACCCCCAUGAAGAGGGCAAAGUGGCACCUGGGCAUUCGAUCACAGAGCAAGCCCCAUGACAUCAUGAACGAAGUCUACCGGGCCAUGAAGGCUCUCGAUUUUGAGUGGAAGGUGGUUAACCCAUUCCAUGUUCGUGUUCGUCGAAAAAAUUCCACCAAGGGUCGCCCGGUAAAGAUGAGCCUGCAGCUAUAUCAGGUGGAGUACAAGAGCUUUCUCCUGGACUUCAAGUCACUUCCCGCCAAUGAAGAGGCUGCGCCACAGGACCCAAGCGUUGCCGAGACAAGCUACAACCAGAUCCACAACACGAUGGAAUUCUUCGAGAUGUGUGCUGCACUCAUCACACAGUUGGCCCGCUGAGCAGCCCACGACGACAGUUUAUAGCGCACCCCAUGACGGCCUACUUCACGUUAAAUGUCCCCCCCCCCCCCAUGUCAGGGUGUCUAGAUUGGGCUAGUGUGCCGUUUUUGCUGGUGGUGCUGGUGACUGUCAUUGUAAAAGGUGCAGCCAAUAUUUUUACCAAGUCUGUCUGUGGUGCCAAGGUUUAUCUUAACGUGCUCCAAUUGUCAGAAGCAGUUUUGAGUGCCAUGAAGCACAGGACUUGCUUGCCCAUUUCGAGAAUGCCAAAUGUGUCAUGAGUAGUGCGAGCUGAUGUUCAGUCAGAUCAGUGACAUAAAACAAGGAAGGUUAGAGUGUACUUGCUGAACCCUGGUACAUGCUCUUUUUUUUUUUUUUUUUGCAGUAGUACGAGUAUAUAAAAAUGGAAUAAUGCACAAUGCACACAGGAGCCGCACGAUCAAAGGCUACUUGUUGCUGUUAUGCCAGGCUUCAGCCGUAAUGACUCACUCAUGCAGUCUGCUUACUCCUUCAGCACUUUUUUUCUUUUACUUUCAGCAUCAACCCAAUCAGCUUUCAUAGAUGCAAGGAAGCCUUAAGCAGCACACUAGCCGAAUCUAGUUGCCGAGUCCAACCCUUCUUGACAAGCUGCUUAUGUAAGUCUUUGUCAAAAGUUUCGAAGCCACUGGUGUGCAUGACCACACAUCUGGUGUCAGGUGGUGUAUUGUGGCCCAUGUCAAAUUUUGCUCUAAAGCCCAGGAGAUUUAGAGGCCCUGUGCUCCUCACUCCUGGGUCCUCAUUCACAGCACAUCUCUUAUGCAAGUUGAUUUUCAGGCAACUUGGCUGCUGCAUCGCUCUGCCUUUUACGACUAUCAACAUUGAGCAGAGUUCGUUUACUCUCCAAUCACGAAGUGCACUUGCAUGAGAGAAGUUUUGUCGAGUAUGGGCCUUGAUCUUUAAAACACCAAGCAUGUUACAAUAGCCUUGAAACAUUAUCUUGUUGCUUGGAAACUUUUGGCAAAGACUGUACCUGAUCAUGCCAUGCUCUACAGGCAGAAAGGAUGGAUGUAGAAUGUGUUAGUUUUGGAUAUAGUAUUGUUUUCCCAUGGUCUACUUAGGGAGAAUAAGCCAUUUAUAUACUGACAGCACAAGUAUUUGAGGUGCUGCGAUUUUGCGAUUUAAUGUUCAUUAAUCUCUGAAUGUCGCAGGCUGUGCAUUUGAUGUCGCUGCUGGAUAUGCUUACAUGCGAGCAUUUUGCUACGGGUGCUAGGAGUGAAGUUUGCACAUACAUAGAGAACCUUGACUGUUACAUGCGUGCAGCCAAUUACAUACAUAGCCACUUCUUGUGAGAACACAUUCGUCAAGAAAGACUUUAAAGCCCACUUUUCGUGUUGGCGUGCUUUGUUAGUAUAGUCAAUUGUGUUUCUUGAUAGCUGGUUGUCCUUGCCAGUACUUUACCUCUCCUUGGUUUACUGUGCAAUUGGCACUCUGCUUUGCCCAGUUCUGUUACAGCAAACUGUCCGGCUUACAUUUUGUAAUCUGCAGCUAACUAUACCUUUCCAUUCUUUUAAUGUAGCUCUGGAUUUUGUUAUUACCUGUUCUUGACAGUGUGAGGGAUGUCCAAUGUUUGGGCAACCCAGUUUCAUUGUGUGUGAAAGUGUGGAGCAGGUCUGACGACGUCCAAAGAAAAGUGUGGAAGUACUCUUCGUGUGAAAAAGACUAAGGACUACGUCCCCCUAGGGGGCUGCUCAGGAGUGUGGACCCCCUUGGAUCUAUGUAUUUGACGUACCCACAGUAUUAAGCAGCGACCAUAGGGAAUGCAUUUGUGAUGUAGUUACAGCAUGAUGUCACAUCAGUUUCACACUGUGCAGUAACUGCCGUUGUAUCAAGGGCGAAAUGCAUGCAACAGUGCAUGUAAUAAAUGUGACAUGUGCUUCGCAUUACUGUGACAGAGUUGAAAUGAUAACAGGACUUAGGACUUUGUGUGCUCACGUUAAAGAGAGAAAAAAUAUUGAUGCGACUGCUCGUAGUCCAAAAAAAGUUUCCUAGGUUUUCAAAACAGCCUGCUCACAUUGCUUGUAGGUGGAACCACCCUUCAAACAUGCAACAUGUGAAUGUAAAACAUUCAUUUUCGUAGUUGUUUGUUGCAAAUAGUGAAGCUCUAUGUAAAAAAAAGGGAAAAAAAAAUACUGCUAUAUCUUAGUAUACCUGGGGCACGGUACAGGGGAAUUUGUUGUUUUUCUUCUGUAGUCUAAGAUGAGUUGUCCUGUACAUAUUAUAAAUAUAUACACAAAUAUGCAUAUAUGUCAAUACAAGAAUGAUGCCAGCA